AACUGGGUAAAUCGGUGUAAGUCGCUUUGAAGAAAAGUACCAGUUAAGUGAGUAAACGUAAAUGAAAGAGACGUGUUUGUGGCCAGCAGUCGAUGUCCCUGUGGAUCAUCUGCCGUGAUGCCCUUUGGGCUCCUGUCCCCUUUCAGGGGGCCACCGCCUGCAACCGCUGUUUCGGGAAUCUCUGAUUCAGGGGCACGUGGGGGGGCGUCGAUCUAAACACUGCUGUGUGAGUCAAGAGGCUGGAGGUGUAGAACCCACUCCUCCCCACCCCACCCCAGCCCACCCACUCGAAAUGCACACUGCCAGGGUAUUUAUAGAGCCAGAGCACAGUGAGGCUCCCUUUCUUAAACAGAAGAGAGGAGAGGAGCGGCUCACAUUCGCUGCAGCUGUUGACUCGCACCUUCCAGAACAUACCGUCUGCUGUCUGUUGGGUCCUCUCUGUUUCCCUCCCCUGCGAACGGCGAUACAGCAAGUUGAAGCCGAUCCCCCACCUCCGCUGCGUGUUUUACUGCCAACUAGAGGCCGGAUGCAGAAAUGCAGAUGACGGAAAGCUUGUGAGCCCCCUCGUGAAAGCACCGCCCUGAUGGAGAAGCCCGCCGUGCAGACGCAGCCCUCCACGCUGCCCUUCUUCGACACGUCGCACGCCUUCAACCUGCUGCGCGGCAUCCACGAGCUGCGCGCCGAGCGCAAGUUCUUCGACGUGACCCUGUGUGCCGAGGGCCGCGAGUUCCCCUGCCACCGCACGGUGUUGGCUGCCGCCAGCACCUACUUCCGCGCCAUGUUUGCGGGGACGCUGCGCGAGAGCGCCAUGGACCGCGUGGUUCUGCACGAGGUAUCCGGGGAGCUGCUGGGGCUGCUGGUGGACUUCUGCUACACGGGCCGCGUCACCGUGGCCCAGGACAACGUGGACCUGCUGCUGAAGGCGGCCGACCUCUUCCAGUUCCCCUCGGUGAAAGAGGCGUGUUGCGCCUUUCUUGAGCAGCGGCUCGAUGUCUCCAACUGCCUGGAGAUCCAGGAAUUCGCCGAGGCGUACGCCUGCCACGACUUGGCCGACAGCGCGCGCCGAUUCGCUCUGCGCAACAUCGCCGAACUUGCCAAAGGCAAGGAGUUUGAGCGGCUACCGUGGAAGCGGCUGCUGGAGUUCUUGUCGGACGACGGGCUGUGCGUGGACAAGGAGGAGGCGGCCUACCAGCUGGCCGUGCGCUGGGUAAAGGCAGACCCCCAGCGCCGGCUGCACCACUGGCCCGAGCUGCUGCAGCAGGUCCGCCUGCCCUUCGUGCGCCGCUUCUUCCUGCUGGCGCACGUGGAGAGCGACCCGCUGGUGUACCUGUCGCCCGCUUGCCUGCGGUUGGUCAGUGAGGCACGCGCCUUCCAGUCCAGCGAGUACGAUCGGCACGACCGGCCGUGCCGGCGAAUGCGCCCGCGUCCCUCCACGGGCCUAGCUGAGAUCCUGGUGGUGGUGGGCGGUUGCGACCAGGACUGCGACGAGCUGGUCACCGUGGACUGCUACAACCCGCAGACCGGCCAGUGGCGCUACCUGGCCGAGUUCCCCGACCACCUGGGGGGCGGCUACAGCAUCGCUGCGCUGGGCAAUGACAUGUAUGUGACAGGAGGUUCUGACGGGUCGCGGCUCUACGACGGCGUGUGGCGCUACAACUCGAGCGUGAACGAAUGGACGGAGGUGUCGCCCAUGCUGCGGGCGCGCGAGUACCACAGCUCGUGCGUGCUGAAGGGCCAGCUGUACGUAGUGGCAUCGGACAGCACGGAGCGCUACGACCACACGCUGGACUGCUGGGAGCCGCUGCCGCCCAUGCUGCACGCCAUGGACAACUGCUCCACGACUGCCUGCAGGGGGCGUCUCUACGCCAUCGGCUCCCUCACAGGCGAGGACACCAUGACUAUGCAGAGUUACGACCCCGACACCAACCGCUGGGCCCUGGUCAACUGUGGCCAGCUGCCGCCCUGGUCUUUCGCGCCCAAGACGGUCACCCUCAACGGCCUCAUCUACUUCAUCAGGGAUGACUCUGCAGAGGUGGAUGUGUACAAUCCACUCAAGAACGAGUGGGACAAGGUCAGCCCCAUGAACCAGGUCCACGUCGGGGGCAGCGUUGCCGCCCUGGGAGGGCGUCUCUUUGUAUCCGGUGGGUACGACAACACCUUUGAGCUGUCGGACGUGGUGGAGGCCUACGACCCCGCGAUCCGAACCUGGUCACACGUCGGCCGCCUGCCGCAGCCCACCUUCUGGCAUGGCAGUGUCAGCAUUUUCCGCCAGUUUAUGCCCCUGGUGCCGAGCGCCUUUGAGCCCAUAGAUGCCCCGGAAAGCAAUGCCAUCCACUUGCACCGGCACCACCGCAACCCAUUUUUGCAUGACCACGACAACCACAACCACAACAGAGACGUCAACCCAGCGCACUGAGCCCAGCCCCCGUCAAACUCGGCCCCCGCUUGUCACUCCUCCCAUUAGGUCAUGUUUACUGUGCCAACACUAGGUUGUGUGUUCUGCACUUUACCAGAUGUGUAUAUAACCGUCUGAACUGGACCCUACGGAGAAAACGCAGCCGGCCGAUAUUUUAAAUGUUAAUAUCCAUUUCCGUGUCUUGGCUGGACUGUUAACUGCUUUACCACCACUUAAAGUUAGGAGCAUCCAAGAAAUUAGUUGGUAACCCUUGAAAAAAAAGCAUUAUCUGUGAGAGAGAGAGAGAAAAAAGUGACACCGACUCCUUAUUGGCUCCUCGUUUGCAUUUACAGUCCAAACACUGCUGGCCUUGCAUGUGUAUAGUAAUUCCUUAGAGGACAUUUUCCUUUGCAGCAGGUUAAUAUAGGAGGUAAGGACACUGAAUGAUAGCCUCAAGGUUGCUGGUUCAGGUCCCAAGAGAUCCAUUGCUGUUGUAGCCAUGUGGAAAGGUACUCAGCUGGAGUUGCUCCAUGGAACAUAAAAUGGUAAAGUAAGGUGAUUUGGAUUAAACCAUCAGAUGAACUAUGAAGUAAGACUAAUACAGACUGAGUUCUAGAACAAGCAGCCUGAAUGGGGUUUGAAGUAGUGUUCGGUGGGUAAAUUUCGGAUACAGUUCAACGUUAUGUCAGUGACUGAAAAGCAAAACAUUCCAGAGUGAGAGCUUUAGUACUUUGAGCUGCCAGAAGCUGCAGAAUUCAUCUGCUGUUAGGCUGCGAGGGCUGUUCAGAGCACUUCUGGAUGUUCUAAGAAACCUUGUUCAGCUGCAGUUGUUGGGGUCCUGUCCCAGGACACAGGUUCCAAGGCCUCUUGCCGUUUGUCAGCGGAGCAACUAGCCGGAUCCCACGUUAGCGCCCUUGGCGAUAAGACGGACAGACAGAUGUUCACACGCCAGGCCGAGGUCGCUUUGUUCCCCGUACGCACUCGGUUGGGAACAAAACACACCUCCCUCAUGAUGUUCCAGAUCAAUCCUUUUAAGAUGCCACCCUCCGUGAGGCUGACCCUUGACUGUGCAGGACCGCGUCGUCCUCUGGCCCGGCCCACACGCGAUGCGUGCUCCUGAAGUGUUCAGUGAUACUGAGGUACCGAUAGAUGCUUGGUUAUUUUUAUAGUAAAUUAUAGUUAUUUAAAAACAUGUAUUUAUCGGUGUAGAGUUUAGUGAGGAAGAUGAAGGAGGUGGAAGAUUGCUGCUGUAUCUAAACUGCUUUGAAACAUGUGCUCGCUCAUGUUGACAAAGUGUCAGUGUAGCUUUUGUUUCUGCUCAAGAAGCCACAAGUGUCACUGUAUGGAAACUGGAAGCCGCUACGUAC